AUGCCUUCCAUCCACAGACUCUUUUCGCGCAGCGACUACGCUGAGGCGGUCGGCCGAGAUGAGGACAAGUCCAUCAGCGGUGAAGACAACGUCCUUGACUACAUGAUCAUCCUCCUCGGUCUUCUCUUUCUUGCCCUGCUCUGCGGCUCCGUUCUAUUCCUUCUUCGCAGACACCGUCACAAGCAACAAAUUCGCCAGAAUGAGGGUCUGCCGUCGUACAAUGAGGUGAAGGGCAACCGCAACCACAACAACCUCACCAUCGAGACAACCCAAAAUGGCCGGUCAUCCAUUCUCGUUAUCAGCCGCGAUGGCCAGCCCAUGCUUGCCAACCCCAACUCCCCGCCAGCGUCUCCUGACAACGUGCCUGAGAUCCGCAUCACCUUCCCUGACGAACACGACGAGAAGGGUGAGCGGAAGAGCGGUCGUGUUGUCGUUGUCCGUGUUGGCGAUGGUGGCGUGGUCGGGUUGGAGCCCGUCCGGGAGGAACAGCUUCCUGCUUAUGAGAAAGAGAACAAGUCCGACUUCUACUCCAUCGACAUGGACCAGAUUGGUGGUCUGAAGGAGAAGGAAUAUCGUUAA